AUGGGUGUGGGCGCUUUUGCAGAGCCACUCGUGGUGGUAACAUUGCUUUUUGGUGGCGUGUACAUAAAUCGCAACACAACAUACAAACUCUUCUCGAAGCGUGGCAGCAACUGGCAAGAGAAGUCAUUCGACAAACGUCGAGAUUCUGUGUCUGAUGAUCCCGAAACGUCACUCUCUCGCAGUUCCGACGAGACACUACUCGAAGACGGCGGACUGUUAGCCCAAGCAGAGUCGACAUGGAGGAAAAGAGAAGUCGGCCUCUGGAAGUACCGGCUUAAUGUCACCUCUCCGAAUACCGCCGUCUUUGAGGAGUAUUUCUUGAGCAGACUAUUGCGCAAACUCCCUUUCCUGGUGGAGUGUUGGUAUUGGGCCUUGAUUUACUGGGUCUACCAACUUGGCAGAGCAGUUUCCGCCCUCACGCUUGACAAGAGUACCGUAGAUGUCGCUCGACACCAUGCGCUACAAGUCAUUGCCCUCGAGAAGCGACUCCAGAUCUUCUGGGAGCCCUACAUUCAACAUGCAUUCAUGCAGCACGAGACCAUGAUGCACUGGAUCAACCGUAUUUAUUCUUAUAUUCAUAUACCGGGAACAAUUUUCUUCCUCGUCUUCUUGUUUUACUACACCAUUACGCGCAACCGAACGAACGAGAGACAAUCAGGCAAGGAUAUUGGUGAGAGGGCUGGAUCACCCGCUGGUUCCGCAUUAUAUCAGGCUCGCAGAAGAACCAUGGCCAUGUGCAACUUGCUGGCUUUCAUUGUUUUCACGCUGUGGCCUUGCAUGCCGCCUCGACUUCUCAGCGACCCCAAUGCUUCGGGUCCGGAGGCUACACUCGGCAGAACAUAUGGAUUCGUGGACACCGUACACGGAAAGGGAGGCGAGAGCAGUGUAUGGACACAAAACAAGUUCUGCAACCAAUAUGCUGCCAUGCCCUCGCUUCACUUCGGAUACUCUCUCAUGAUUGGCCUAACAAUCGCUAUGCUGCCGCUGGCGCCUCAGCACUGCCGCCCAUUGAUCCUCAGAGUCGCUGGUCUGCGCCUGAGAUUCCCUUCAAUACGCCGUAUCGCAUGUAUCACCGCUGGCUUCGCCUACCCAUUCAUCAUUCUGAUUGCUAUCGUCUCAACAGCAAACCACUUCAUUCUUGACGCUGUCGCUGGAUCCUGUGUCUGCGCUCUCGGCUGGUGGGGAAACAGAUUCUUGCUCAACUUGUUGCCUGUCGAGGAUUACUUCCUGUGGUGUCUGCGCCUGCACAAGCCUUAG